AUGGCGUUUGACAAUGAAAACUCUCCUCUUCUCCCCCGCGAGCCCGCCGUUGAGCGGUACUCGCCCCUCUACGACGAGACCAAGACGAUGCCCGAGGACUCUGGCGGUCUCUUUGACACGACCGACAUCCUCCGCGACGUCAUCAUUGGCUUCGCCGACGGCCUCACGGUGCCCUUUGCGCUGACGGCCGGCCUCUCCAGCCUCGGCAGCAGCAAAAUCGUCAUCAUGGGCGGCCUCGCCGAGCUCUUCUCGGGCAUGAUCUCCAUGGGCCUCGGCGCCUACCUGGCCGCCGUCACGGAGCGCGACCACUACGCCUCUUGCGAAGCCCGCGAGCGCGACCAGGUCGACGCCGCGCCCGACGCGCGCCGCGCCGAGGUCUACGCCAUUCUCGAAAAGUACGCCGUGUCGCGCGACGCCGCCCGGCCGCUCGUCGACGAGCUGUGCCGCCGCCGCGAUACCUGGGCGCGCUUCAUGGUGGAUUUUUCGCUGCGCCUCGAGCGGCCCAACAUUCACCGCGCCUGGAUCUCGGGCGUCACCAUGGGCCUCAGCUACCUCGUCGGUGGCCUCAUCCCCAUGAUUCCGUACUUUGUCAUGCCCCGCGUCGGCGACGCCCUCGUCGUGUCCAUUGCCGUGACGGCCGUCAUACUCUUAAUCUUUGGCUAUGUGAAGAAUUACGUCGCUAUCCGCAACCAUCGCGCGGGACUGUCGGGCGCCAUCCAGACGCUCAUCAUUGGCGUCCUGGCCGCGAGCACGAGCUACGUCAUCAUCAAGGCUCUGGAUACGGAUAGCGCAGGGUCGCUGGUGAAGAUUCUCAAAUAA